CACCGCUUGAUGAAGCCGGAAGUUGUUGUGGACACGGAAGAAUGAGCCUGGCCAAUAUCAAUAUUUGUGUCAUGAUAAAUGUUUCCUCACCCUCAGUCGCGUCAUUAUACAGGGCUCACUGAGGUGUAGACAUGGAUGUGCCUUGCUACCUGCCCAAACUGCUGUUUGAGCUCAAUGAGCAGCGUAAGAGAGACUUCUUCUGUGACUGCAGCAUUCUGGUCGAAGGCCGGGUCUUCAAGGCCCAUCGGAAUGUGUUGUUUGCUGGCAGUGGCUAUUUCCGGGCUCUUCUGGUUCACUAUCUGCAGGAUAACGGACAGCGCUACAGCACAGCAUCGUUGGACAUCGUGACAGCUGAUGCCUUCUCAAUUAUCCUGGACUUCCUUUACUCCGGCCGCCUGGCGCUGAACAGAAGCAAUGUCAUUGAGGUGAUGUCAGCAGCCAGCUACCUGCAGAUGACCGAUCUGGUCAACUUUUGUAAGGGAUACAUCCGCUCAUCUUUGGAAAUAUGCAACAAGGAGAAGGAGAGGAACACAGAGAAGGAGAGCCAGGCACAGGAUGGAGGGAUUGGUCCUGCAGACAGCGGCACUCCUGCUGCGACAAUCCCCAGUGGCGCGGAGGCUGCGGAGCCUCCAUCACAGGUUGCAGAGGCAGAUAGAGGGUCGGGUUUAGGUCCGGAGUCUGUGAGCUCGGCUAGAACCCCCUUAUCUAUCCCUGUCACCACAGCUCCAGGCAGCAGCAGGGACAUGGACAGUGACUACCAUUCCAGGGAGGAAUUUGGACCUGUGAGCGAAGGACAGAAGGGACACAUGGAUCAGACCAACCUCUCAUCCUCCUCAUCGUCUGCUUUGACCCCGGAGUUAGUGAACCCUAAGAUAGAGUACGACCCAGAUGAGGAGCUUAUGGAGUCCCCUGACACCAAAGACCUGGCCUCAUAUCCUGGGCCCUCUCUCCAUAACCCUCAUCAUAGCAGGCUACUUCCGCCAAGUCCCUCCCCCUCCAAUGAGCGCUCUCCCUUAGGAUACAGCCCUUCCUUUAAUGCCAGGCAGCUGAUUGAGAUUCUGGCCAGAGGUGAAGGCCCCAGUCCUCUUGGGGACAGAGUGGGGCAGCGCUUUACUCAAGGACUAGGUAGCAGCACAGAAGGAGGCAGAAUGGAUGAAGGUUUAGGGUUUGUGGGAUCUUCUAUAAUGGAGAUCCAGUCUGAUUGGCUUGGAGAGGACACAGGCGAUGGUUUGGUAGUGCCAGUGAAACUCCACAAGUGUCCAUUCUGCCCGUACACUGCCAAGCAGAAGGGAAUCAUGAAGAGACACAUCCGUUGCCACACGGGAGAGAGGCCCUUCCCCUGCCCAAUGUGUGGCAAGAGGUUCACGAGACAGGAGCACCUUCGCAGCCACGCCCUCAGUGUCCACAGACACUACUGGCCAGUUUCAUGUAAGAGCUGCAGGCGAACCUUCACUGGAUCGAGCGUUUCACCAGGACUCAGGCGCUUUGGCAUCUGCGACAGCUGCAACUGCGUGACCACCACUCAUGACGAUUCCGCCCCUGUUCACCCCGCCAACCAACCAGAGUCGAUGGAACGUGUGGACGGGGGUACGGAUUGGUCCAAUUUUAUGGAUGACGUGGAUGAAGUGGAGGUUGGCAGAGUGGAGGACUUGGUAGAGAAACAGAUGCUUGAAAGGCAGCUGGCUGUCUGUACUGAUGUAGGUCACACACUGUGAAUCCCACUGUACUUGGAGAAGAACCGUUUUUACUGUUCGAGUUAACCGUGGCCAUACUGUUAUUGAUGUUACAUUAUUGCUGUAAGAUGACCCUAUCUAUUGACUCAUUUGUAAUGAGAAAAUGUGUCUGUUUUACUGUUGGAGAUAUUGUGCUCCAGUGAUUUUAGAUUCAGUGUUUUGUUUGUUUUGUAUCAUACAUGUGGUCUUAAAAUUCCCUGCACAUGUCAUUGCAAAGUUAAUCAAAUCCCAAUUUUGCUGUAUGUACUGUACAUGAACAGAAUGUAGUCGUCAAAGUUUUAUGGAUUUUUCUUAACUUUACAGACGAUAGACAAAGUAACCUGUUACAGCCUGUUGUUUUGUCCAAAAAGAUUACAGUUCACAGAUACAUCAAUCUCUGUGGUUAUAAUGGGGCCAUUUUGGGUGUUGUUGCAAUAAAUGUGUUGUGUAAUUGUGUACUAAAUUCCCUUUAUCACAACUUGUUAAUUUAUGUGUAUUUUUUUUUUUACAUGUAGAUACUUUCUAAUCUGUUGAUAUAUUUUUUCCUGCUGCUUGUCAUGGAUUUGCGUCAAGGAAAAACAAACGUGCCCUUUGCCGCCCUCUUGUGGUUGAGCCACUACUACAGACAAAUUAUCAUUCAGUGAUCAGAAAUCUGUGCCUGCCAGAAGUCAAUACAAUCACAGGCUUUUGCAACUGACUACCUUACAAUGUAUAAAGAGAUCAAAUAAAAUUCUUUUUUUGUUUGUUUUUUAUUGGAAUUGCACUAAAUCAGUAAAUACCCAUUAAAAAUGAAGUGGGAUGGAUGAUAUAGUUUGAUUCAAGCCAUUUCUCUUGUGCAGGAAUUGUACCACCAGAGGGUGAUUACACAGUUUGCCCUUCCCACAUCAGCAGUCAGUAGUCUCGAAAGCUCAAUAAAAUGGGUUGAACAUGA